UUUGCAAACACGCCCUUUAUUAUUUCCUCUCGACAAAAGUCUGUGUACUUUAUAUUUGAAAAAAAAAUCCCAGACCUCCUGCCAAAAAGCUGACAUGACAAAACUCUUACAUAUACUUACAAAUUACAAUUACUUCUCUCUCUCUUCUUUCUCUCACACACACUGCCACACACACACACAGAGAAAAUGUGGCAGCAGAAGGGGGUGGUGGUAUCUGCAUGCGCGUAAUCCUUGCUUGUCUUUCCUCUCUCUCUCUUCUUAAUUCAAUUCCAGGCGGUUUUGAUUUUAGCUUUUCUUUCUCCUUAUUCAAUUCACGUACAUCAUAUAUAUAUAUAGAUAUAUAUAUACACACACACACAAGAAUAGUGUGCGGUGUGUGUGGCAGAGUUGCUUUACAGUGACAGAGAAUUCAGAGCACCACUGUUUGAAUAUAUAUAAACAGGAUAUAUGUAUGUAUUUAUUGCCGAUGCAUUCCCAACUACUCCUCCCCACUACCGCAGCACCACCUCCAGGAAAUGAAGACGAUGAUGGUUGUUCAUUAAGAGAAGAUUCUGGUGAAAGGAUCAAUCUUGAGCUUGGGAUUGGACGGUGUGGAUUAAUUGCAGAUGAAAUUAUUAAAAUUAAACAGGAAAAUAAAUUAGAUUCCAUUUUCAGUGCUGCUCAGUUUAAUGAAUUAUGUAACCAAAUUCAUAUCUGGAAUCUUAUAAACUCUGGUUUGCCUGUGCCGUUUCAUAUUUGGAUGAGUGUUUUUACUUCCUUCGGCCCUUCAAUCUGCAACACAUACCCUAACAGUUUCUGUACUAAAAGCUGUGAUCAUACUAGUAGUGAAAUGGACACUGAACCAGGGAGGUGUAAAAGAACAGAUGGGAGAAAAUGGAGGUGUAGUAAAAGCGUGCUUCCACACCAGAAAUACUGCGAACGCCACAUGUACAGAGGCCGCGGUCGAGGUUCUUCAUCGACAAGAAAACACACUAGUACACCUACUGAAGGUGUUCGUACAAGUGACGAAAACAUCGAUGGUUUAUCGGCAAUUCAGACAGCCAUUUCUGCUCAAAACAUGACUUACAUGGAACAACGCAAUGGCGUAUUUGGUUCGUCUCCGAAGAGUGUUCUUCGUGAUUGUGCAGUAGGUAAAGUCAAUCUGGAAUUGGGCAGUAAGGGCAAUACAGUAACUUCACCACAGAGAUGCCGAAGAACAGAUGGCAAGAAAUGGCAAUGCAGAAGAGAUGUUCUCCCCAAUCAAAAGUACUGUCAAGUGCACAUGCAUAGAGGGGCGAAAAGGCUCGUUUUGAAUCCGGAAUCUUCCAGGAAAGUUCCGGAAGGUUCUACUCGGAUAGCUCGUAUUUCUUGUACAAGUCUCGGAAACAACAUCAACUUGAACACUGUGCCAGCAAGUCCUCACCGACACGUCACUGAGAACAAUUCAACUAGCAGCAGCACAAGUGAUGCCACUACCAUCACAGAUGAAAACAUUAGCUCUUGUCUUAAAAACUCAUUUUGAUAGAAGUCGUUUUGACUUGAGUUUCGGUUUUGGUGGUACCUUAAAAACUUGAUGUAUAGUUUUUUUAAGUUUUUCGGAUGGACGUAUUUUGGUACCGUUAGUUUUCUUUGUUUUGUGCCUCUUAUCAAUUGUGCCCUUAUAUUGAGAUAUAAAGUUGAUAAAUGAGAAAAUAGGUAAGAUCAAGAUUUA